UUUAAGUCUUCUUUGACCCAUGCAUCCAUAAAUACAAUAUAUAUAUAGACAGGGUGUGAGAAGCUAAGUUGUGCACAGAUGAAAUGGAAGUCAAAGAAACUAAAAGGUUAAAACACUACAAUAACAAACAAAAGAUACUUUUGGUUGGGGAAGGAGACUUCUCCUUUUCUCUGUCUCUAGCCAGAGCCUUUGGUUCAGCAACAAACCUCAUUGCUACCUCUCUCGAUUCUCAAGCGGAGCUAGAGCGCAAUUACAAGAAUGGGAAGGCGAACGUAGAAGAAUUGGAGAGACUAGGGUGCAAUGUAGUCUUUGGAGUUAACGUCCACUCCAUGACCACAAAGCCUAACCUUGGUUGUUCUGCUACACACGAUAGAGUCAUUUUCAAUUUCCCUCACGCUGGAUUCGAUUAUGGUCGUGAGCACCAAAUCAAAACAAUCAUGUACGAUAGAGUAACCUCAUUUAUUGUUGUCUUCCCUUUGGUUCUCUUUGGUAUUUUUAUAUUUUGGGAAGGAAAAUACAUUUUCGGUUGGUUCAGGAGGCAUCAAGAACUUGUGAGAGGUUUUAUGAAGAGUGCGAGACUGCUGGUGAAAGACGAAGACAAGGGAGGGGAGAUUCAUGUGGUUCAUAAGACGGAAUAUCCAUUCAGCGAGUGGAAGCUCAAGACUCUGGGUGAGAAAGAAGGCUUAGAAUUGGUCAGUGAGAUCGAGUUUUGCUUAAAUCAUUAUCCUGGUUAUUCCAACAAGAGAGGAAGUAGAGGUUACAAUGACUCUAGCUUCCCUGUUGGAAAAUCAUCUACCUUCAUUUUUAAGAAACAGUUCUUUUAUUAAUUUGAAAUCAUACUUAUUUGUAUCGAAAUGUUUGAUAUUUUCCACAUGCUAUUUUAUAAGAUGUUUAUUUAUUUUAUG